AUGUUUUACUUGCCUGUGCGAAAGGUUCUGAAGUGUUUAAUAAAAAAGAGAAAUUUGGCUAGACAAGAGCGACAUGCAGCGAGUCUUACAGAAUGUCUUAUAAAAGAAUCAAGUCAGCAGGAAAAAUGGAAUUACAAAUAUCACAUCAUUAUCAUAAUAGUGAUACUACUAAUAUUGUCUUUGAAGAUAUUUCAACAAUACCAAUAUGAGAUGUUAAUGGAGGACGGUGAACCAUUUGAUUAUAACGAAACACUUUCAAUGUGCGCUAUAAAUACCACUUUCGGUAAAACUCCAAUAAACAGGCUGAUUACGAAAAAUGUACUUGAACGUCUAUAUCCAACAGUACUUAAAGGAGGGUAUUAUAGGCCUAGGGAUUGUCAGCCUAGGCAUAAGGUAGCCAUUUUAGUGCCUUACAGAGAUCGCGCUCUUCAUCUACGGAUAUUUUUAUAUAAUAUGCACCCGUUUUUAAUGAAACAAAAGCUGGAAUACAGAAUAUUUGUUUUAGAACAAGCAGGAUUAGACAUAUUCAACAGAGGGCGACUCUUUAAUGCUGGCUUCAAAGAAGUCAUGAAGUUAGGGAAAUGGCAAUGCGUAAUUUUCCAUGAUGUUGACCUGUUACCUCUAGAUGAUAGGAUCCUCUAUACGUGCCCUAUAUGGCCGAGGAACAUGUGCGGUACCAUAGUAGAAGAGAAAGACCCAACAUUCCGUACAUUGUAUGGUGGCGUAUCUGCUAUGGACGUCAAACAUUUUUCCAAAGUUAACGGUUACUCCAAUUCGUAUUGGGGCUGGGGUGGUGAAGAUGAUGAUAUUUAUAAAAGGUUGCAUGAGGCUGGUAUUCCCGUAACGAAAUACGAUAAGCAAAUCGCGCUUUAUACAUCGCUACGACAUGUGAAGCAAGCGCCAAACAAAAACAGAUACAAACUUUUGAGAACAGCUCUAAAAAGAUCUAAAAAGGACGGAGUAUCUUCGUUGAAAUUCAAAGUCAUUUCAGUCACCCUUUUACAUCUGUAUACCCAUAUAGUAAUCGAUAUAAAUCCAAACAAAGAAAUUGUACAGGAAAUAUAUUUUAAAUGA